AUGCAACCCGAUCUAUCCGCUCCCCAUUCUCCGCCGCGGCCUUCAUGGAAGCGGCCCGGCCCCGUCUCCAGACGCUGGUCUAUUCCUCUACUUGCGACCAUCGCUAUCGGCUACGGGAUAACCCAGUACGGGACCAUGCGAACGGACUCGCAUAUCCACAUCGCUGAGGAAGAGCGAAUCCGGAAAAACCAGCAACUCAUGGACGCCUAUGGAUACAAGGACAACAUAGACGAUCUACAAAAAGCGCUGGAAGCUUAUGAGGUUCGGUGA